GACUGGAUCAAAAUACGACGUUCGCACCUGAUAUUAUGGUGCAUAGGAAUUUCUUUGCAGUGGAAUUGACUCAAGUGUGACGUGAAAAUGAAUCGCCUUCUAUCAUUUUUCGAAAGACAACAAGGCAUUUCCAAUGACUUGACAUAUGACUUUGCCCUACAACGACUUUGUGUAGCAAAGGAAGACAGCUGGCGUGGUAUUCAGCCCUCACAAUAUGGAUCAGACUUCAACCCAGAACCUCCACUAUUUUCAGCCAAGUUUGCAAACUGUGCAAACUAUAAACACAUUUUAGCUUUAGCCAAUGAAGAUGGGAAGAUUGCCCUUCAGGACACAACUCGCAGAAAUGACAAAGAUAUGGAGCAAUCUCUUCCCGGACAACAGUGUCAUUACAAUGCAGUAUUCGAUGUUGAAUGGGUUCCCGGUCAAAUGAAAUUUGUUUCAGCUUCCGGUGAUCACACAGCCCGUCUAUGGGAAAUUAAUGAAUCAAAUAUUGUUGCAUCGCGAGUUUUUAACGGACACACCAGGUCGGUGAAGACGGCGGCUUUUCGGAAAAUGGAUCCUGCCGUCUUUGCGACGGGAGGACGGGACGGUGCAAUAUUAAUUUGGGAUACAAGAGCCAAUUAUAACGCAUUACCGCGAGCGGAUAAUUGCAUUUACAGUGGACAUGCCGGUGGACCUGGGACUCCUGUUUCGAAUAAGAAACGCACAAAGACGCCAAAAAUUUGCCCAAACAGUACCUCGAGCAGUAUUACGGGUUUAGUUUUUCAGGAUGACUACACUUUAAUAUCCUGUGGAGCUGGGGAUGGUAUCAUUAAAGUGUGGGAUCUUCGUCGCAACUACACAUCCUUCAAAAAGGAGCCUUUACCAAAGUACAGCCUACCCUACGCCGGAUCGUCUACUUUCAAAGCAUUCACAAAUCUCCUGAUCGACGAGGCCGGCACUAAAUUAUAUGCAAAUUGUAUGGACAACAAAAUCUACUCUUACAACCUCUCAUCAUACUCAACCAAACCCACGCAAACAUACACAGGAUUCCGAAACAGCACGUUCUACAUCAAGUCUGCACUCAGUCCAGAUGGAAACUACUUAAUCAGUGGAAGCGGAGACGAAAAGGCGUAUAUCUGGAAUGUGAACAGUUCAGAGCCGUUGGUGGCACUCACUGGCCACACUGUGGAGGUCACUUGUGUGGCGUGGAGCGGGGCCGGUGAUAUGCCAAUCGUGACGUGCAGCGAUGACGCCAGACACAUGAUCUGGCGAAUAGGACCGGAAAAGAUUGACAGCGACGAUAAGCUUAAUUAUCGAGGACAAGCCGAGUAUUGCGAAAAAUACAAGAAUCUCCAUGUACGGGACCGAUUGCAGGCUCUGGAACAUACUCCACGUUCACUGCGACGUCUGGUGGAACGUAAUGAAAAAACGCCUACUACCGUUGAAAAACUCUCGCUGAAGCGACCAUUCAGCGACGUUAGCAGCGAUCCCGAGACUGAUUCGGGGAGUGAUCAGAAGCGUCCGCACUAUGAACUAAGUAGAGGUCGUCGCUUGUUUAGUCCGUCCACAUCCCAAGGAUUCCGCAACGUGUCCCAUGAACCGAGGAGCCUUACUAGCAUAAUAGAGGAGGAGACUGAAAAGGUGGUUUGUCCAGUUUUAGCUAGCCACCCGGACGAUAGCAGUAAUCAAGAGAACCCGCCAUUGCAACCCAUUAGCUGUACCAGUAUAAAUUCCAACUCGAAUAAAGUUGUGUCCCCGCUUAGCGAGCGAACUGUUUUCAAUUUAAACCCCAAGGAAAAUAGUCUCUUGAUUCAGCGUCAAACUCUGAUGGAGUCGACAUCACUCGCGAGCACCUCUUCAAUUCUGUUCUCACCUACAUCAAAUCUGCCGAAUUAUGUGAUUGACGGCGAAGCACCGCAUCUGCAAAUCAUGUCCCCGAAACGAAAAAUCAAGGAAAAAGUGGAUUGGCUAACUAAAAUCCGCAAACAAAAGCUAAUGUCCAGUCGGCGUCCUGCAACAACUUUCACAGACAAAUUGCAUCCAACAGCUCCUGGCCCUGAAUCACACUUAGAAGAGAGUGAAAUCGGCUCGAUGGAAAUGUGCACGUCGCCGCGACUUCAAUCCUUACGAGAGGCAGAAGACUCUAGUCCUAGAUCACACGCCACGCCCAAGCGGCGGUCUUCACGAUCGAAUUCAAAUACAGAUUUGCAUAGUCAACCAAGAACUCCGACAACCGCACGGCGGAAUAGUGAGACAUCGAUUCUUCGGUUCUUCUCGAUUCUAUCUCAUUCGUCCCAAUCAACUUCUAGAAUCCAAACUACCAACGUGACCAGCUCUCCAAUAACCACGGCACCGGCGACGGCAGUCAGUAAAUAGCAUUCGUCGUUAGUUUCUCUGAAAUGUGAUAUUGGGAUGAGUGGAUUAGAUUCGGCAUCCUCUUCGGGUGUUUGCUUGGAUACGCUUCAUUCACUCAUAAGUCAGUUCACUCAAUACCUUGCAUGCCACCAAUUUUGUAUGAUUUUGUGGAGUUGCCACUCAAAAUGACGCUUUGUAUAAAAUGUUCGUGUAGGAUAGUAGAGAAUACUUUAAUUUCGUAAUGUAUAAGGUUAGGAGAUGUAAAAAAGGAAUGAAGACUGCCAUAUGUGUUAUGUAUGUCUUUUAAAAAAGAGAAAUACAAAUUAGGUAUCUGUUUUUUAAUACAA